CUAAGUGUGUAGAAUUCUGUGGUGGGUCCGCACAGCCAACGUGGGUUUACAUCGGUGCCGUCACAGCUGCGACCUCUAGUACUAUUAUAACCUCUUUGCCUACAGACAAACCAUCCUGGAAACGGAAGAGCGGGUAUUUCCGUAGGCCUAGAAACUGAAAAUAAGAUUGUGCACAGCAGUACCGCAGUGACAGAACUGAAAUACAAUCUGGAUGUCUAAAUCUGUGACGGAACUGUCAACCACCACCGGACUCUCCAACCUUUCUGGAUAGAAGCCAGCUUAGCCUAGAUUCUAGCUUGUGUCUUGUUGAACUUCUGUAAGUCAGUAGAAAAAUGUGGAUCUAGAAUCUAGUGCCUUUCUUGGGAAUCCAUAGGGAAUGGAGUCUAAUUUUAGAUGAACUAGAAUCUAGAUUCUAGAUUAGAUCAAGGAGGCCAAGAGGGCGAGACGCACUUCAUUCCUUGUUGACAUUGAUGGCCGACGGCAGGAAACUGACAACUCUUGGGCUGAAAUUCAUUAGUAGACAGACAGUGAUGUUGACCACAUUCACUCGACUACAGGUUGAUUCCUAGAGGCUUUUGUUUAAUACCACUGCAAUGGAGCUCGGCAGUAGAGGGGGCUCACCCAAGGACGUAUGUUGUGUUGAAUUUGUCAUCUCGCAGUCAGAAGUCAAGAAAGUGGAGAGGGACCGUAAACGAAUUAAUGACCUGUUCAAUGUUAAGCUGACAUUUGGAGAAGUAUUCUCCAAAAGGGCUCAGGACUCAAAGCAAUGGAUGUCUAUCACGGGGAAAAAUGAUGAUGCAACCAGUGCAAAAGAAUACGUGUUGGCCAUCGUAACUCCAGAGGCGUCGGCCCUGAUGAAGAACAUUAGAUUCCACCCAAACUUUAAGGAGCAAGAUCGCGCUGAUAUUGAGAGAAGCACAGGGGCUGUUCUCAGAUGGUCACUGGACAACCAGGGCAGCCUUCAGAUCAGUGGCUCGGAGCUAGCUGUAGUUUUAGCCCAGUCAAUAAUAGAUGAACUAUUUGCAUCCUAUACUGGGGAAUUCACUGAACAUGAAGAUGAUGGCUUCAUACUUGUUGGGGAUGUGACGAGUAUUGAAGCAGCGAGUAGUGACACGCCGUUAAACCAGAACAAUUCUUCCACCCCGUCUUCUUCAUUCAAACAAUCUGGGUUUUCCUCUGAUGAUGCUAUGAUUAUAUCUCCUGAAAAACAGCAAGGUCAUGCAUCAGCUGCAGCUACAGCAAGUCAAAGAUCAGCUCUUGAAGGGCCUCCUGCAACAUUUUGUCCUCCAGGACUUCCUCCAUACGAAGCGUCACAGACCUCAUCAGUACUGGGUGCAAGUUCUGGCCAUGUUUUUACCACCUCCCAAAGCAGCAAGGGGGAGGAGAUGCCGAACAGAGCUUUGCCGAGUGCAUUGAGUGUUCGGUUGGGUGUCCCAAACUCUCUUGGGCAUGUGUCAAAUCCUGGGCUGGGUGUGUCAGGUUGGAGACCAAGUGUGUCAAAUCAGCAAUCAGGUGUGUUGAACCAUCAAUCAGGUGGGUCAGGAGUUCUGUUAGGUCCUCGACAUCAACAUCACAUAUUAGGUUCUGGUUUUGGGAUUUUGGGCCCUAACUCCGGCGGGCCUGGUGACAACCAGACAGACCAGACACAAAUCAAAGUGCCUCUGCCAUCUUGGAGACCUCAGUACGGACAAAAUGUGGCCUGUAUGGAUGUGUGUGAUUCUGAACCUCCCACCGCCUCCUCGGCCAACAACAACAACAAUACUUCUCCUCUUUCAGUCCAAGCUGAAAAGCAGAGGGUUUACCUCCGUGAUCUCGGUGUCUCCUGUAACUACUCCCUCGGAGAUAUCGAGAUAGGCUUAUCUCGGUUCAGUAUGGAAGAGGUUAUCAUUCCCGCAGUGUUCCUGUCAACCCUCAACGAAGUGAAAGCCUCACGGCACAGCAAUCGCAGUGUCCCUCCUCCCCCUCCCCCGUUAGGUCAGGGACACGUGGCGGCCACUGCCACAACCUCCCAGAGGACCAACAGAGAUAACACUGGUGGUCAAAGUAUGAACGUUAACGCCAACUGUACGGGCGCCUCUCACUCUGCUGUUACUCGGUCUGAAGAUGUUGUUGUCAUUUCAUCUGACGAAGAAGAGGUCAAGAUAGAAGAGCCUUCUUCUUUUAGGAGUAAUGCAGCGGGACUCCCGCAACUGCCGCCAAUGUCUCUGUCUUUGGAUGAGAGAGGGAACAGAACAGUCCAUAUGGACAAGGGUUUUGAGAAUCUUAGGCUGGGUGAAGUCGGUUCAUCAUCCAGCAGUCGUCCAGAUUUGCCAGGAAAUGUUCCAGCAACCAUGAGAAUGCCAAGAACUUUGUCUACCAACCCAUCUCAAGCAUCGAAUGCGACAGGAUCAAACUUAAGAUAUAUCGUUAUUGAUGGCAGCAAUGUGGCAAUGAGUCAUGGUGAGAACAAACGGUUCUCCACACGUGGCCUCCAGAUUUGUAUAGACUACUUCAGAGAGAGGGGACACCCCAAAGUUGUGGCAUUUGUGUCAGAGGCUGUUCGCUACUCCGGGAAUCCGAUAUAUCUCGCUGGUAGAGACUUGCUGGAGAAACUGAAUCAAGAUGGCUUUGUCAAAUUCACACCGGCUCGCCGUAUAAAUGGAAGGAACAUCACUACAUAUGAAGACAGAUUUAUCUUGAAUCUAGCCCUGAAAGAGGAUGCUGUGAUUGUUUCGAAUGAUCAGUUUCGAGAUCUUCAUAAAGAUAACCCCAAAUAUCGGUACUUAAUUGAAAACAGAUUGCUCCAAUUUGUGUUUGCCGAUGACCACUUCAUGCCCCCAGACGACCCCUUAGGAAGGAACGGACCGUCACUUGAUGACUUCCUCAUGGUCAACCCACCCAGACAAACGAGCAUUUUUCCAAGUUCUAUGGACCAAGCAGAAGUCCGGGGACCGCCACCGCCACCGCCACAGCCGCUGGCGCGCUACCCGUACAGCAGGUGGCCACAAGGGCCCACGACGGGCCAUCCGAGGGGAGGGGCCAGGAAUGUGGUACGCCCGUGGAGGGGAGACCCGGCCCCUGACAUGAGUGGGGAUCAUCUCCCAGCUCCCCGGGAGCGGCAAGGACACCAGAAGCUCACAGGCCUCUCCCUGUUGCCUGGCAGAAGUGAGGAGGAGACACAGAGGCUGUUUAAACAAUUGUCUCAAGUUUUCUGCGAUCCCAGUCAGAGUUCAUGUAUCAAGAAAGUCCUGCAGAAUCACAAAGAUGAGACAGACAUCAACCGACUUACAAACUUUCUUCUCAGUGCUAUGGACCUGUGAUUGCUGUGCAGUACUGCAUUUCUAAGCUGCCCUUCGCCUCAAGGAUAAAAUCAAUUGACUUAUUAGGGUUUGGGGGGGGGGGGGUUUGUUUACAACUAGUAUGAAUCUGCAAGAAGAUUUUUAGUAUGAUUCUACAAGAGGAUUUAGGGUAUUCAUUUACACUUCAAAUCUGCAACUGGUUGAGUGUUCAUUUUCUUAUCAAAGAGAUUCCAAUAAAAGUGGUAAAUGGC